AUGUCUAUCUCUGGACCCUUAGGAUCGUUACCUAUCCCCAACUUCAUCCACAAGCGCCUAUUCUCACAGAGCUCCAGCAACCGCAGCCUCAACAUCAACAACAUCAACCCUCAUGUCAAGGAAGCCAAGUACGCCGUGCGUGGCGAGCUUGCCAUCAAGAGCGAGCAAUACCGUGCCCAACUAGCCAAGGGCGAGGGCAAAGACCUGCCAUUCGAUUCCGUCAUCAGUGCCAAUAUUGGUAACCCACAGCAGCUCGACCAGAAGCCCAUCACCUUCUUCAGACAGGUUGCGAGCUUGGUAGAGAACCCGCAGCUCCUUGAGAAGGAGGAAGUCCUAAAGAAUGGUCUGGGGUACAAGAGCGAUGUCAUUGAGCGGGCCAAGAAGCUUCUGAAGGAUGUCAAGAGCGUUGGUGCAUACUCUCAGUCGCAAGGCGCUCCUGGUAUUCGUCAGAGCGUUGCCGACUUCAUCGAGAGACGAGACGGAUACUCCGCAGACCCUCAAAACAUCUACCUCUGUGGUGGUGCCAGCGCAGGCGUCAAUGCGCUGAUGAGUGUGCUCUGCGCAUCUCCUCAAACGGGUGUUCUUGUGCCCAUUCCACAAUACCCUCUCUACACUGCCACUCUGAGCCUGCUGAACGCCCAGAUGGUGCCCUACUAUCUCAAAGAGGAGAGCCAGUGGAGUACCGAUGUUGGGGGCAUGAGAACAGCCCUGAAGGAGGCACAGAAGAAGGGCAUCGACGUGCGCGCCGUGGUCGUCAUCAACCCUGGCAAUCCGACUGGUGCAUCUCUGGCCGCCGACCACAUCUCAUCCGUUCUUGAGCUUGCUGCAGAGGAGAAGCUCGUUGUUCUCGCCGAUGAGGUAUACCAAACUAACGUGUUUGAAGGUAAAUUCCAGAGCUUCAAGAAGAGCUUGCGCGAGUUGCAAAGCAGCGAAAAGAACAAGGGUGGCAAGUUCGACUACAUCGAGCUUGCAAGUCUGCACAGCAUCAGCAAGGGCAUGGUUGGAGAAUGUGGCCACCGUGGUGGUUACUAUGAGAUGGUCGGUUUCGAUCCAGAAGUCGUCGCCCAGAUCUACAAGUUCGUCAGCAUCAUGCUCUGCCCGCCGGUCGUGGGUCAAUGUCUUGUCGAGACGAUGGUCAACCCUCCUGUCGAAGGCGAUCCAUCCUACCCGCUCUACCGUGAAGAAUACGACACUAUCUUCCAGAACCUAAAGCAGCGCGCAUUCGCACUGUAUAAUGCGUUCAAGGAAAUGGAAGGUGUCGAGUGCCAGCCACCGCAAGGCAGCAUGUAUCUAUACCCGACGAUCAACCUCCCACAAAAGGCGAUCGAGGCCGCGAAGAAAGAAGGCAAGAACCCAGACGAUUUCUAUUGCUUGAGCCUUCUCGAUGCGACGGGUAUCUGUAUUGUUCCUGGUUCAGGAUUCGGUCAGAAAGAGGGGACGUUGCAUUUCAGAACAACAUUCUUGGCACCAGGCACGGAUUGGGUAUCACGGAUCACGGAGUUCCACCGGAAGUUCUUGGAUGAGUACCGGUGA